AUGUUCAAGUACGUGGUCAUCGUUGCGGUCUUAACCGCGUCCGUUAUCGCCGCGCCAGCCGGCCAGGAUCCAGCCGGUCAGACGUCGAUCCUCGAGGAGGCCCUCGACGUGUACGCGUCGUGCUCCAGCGAGGAGAGUCUCGCGGUGUGCUUGAAGCUGAAGGCGUUGCGUUUCGUCGACCGUGCGGCCAGGUCCGCUGACAUCGACGUGGUCGACGGGUUCAAGAUCGUGCAGACUGAAGAGGCGAAGAACAGUCGUGCCGACAACGCCAGGUCCUUGAAUGACAUCGAAAGUACCCUGCCGACUGAAGUCGAAGCCAAGGAGACCGCGAUCAAUGAAGCUCUCUUCGACAGAACCGCCAAGUUCCUCUCUACCCAUACUGUGGAGCUGAGCAUUCCUGAAGAGGUCUCCCGCUCGUUCGACGAAGCUCGUGGAAAGAAGAAGAGGAUCGUUAAGUCUCUGCUGCCCAUCCUGUUGCUCCUGAAACUGAAGGCCGCUGCUCUGAUCCCGAUCGCUCUUGGCGCUUUGGCUCUUCUGGCCCUGAAGGCUCUGGCUAUCGGCAAGCUUGCUCUGAUCAUCAGCGCCGUGAUUGGGCUCCAGAAGCUGUUCGCCAACAAGCACCAGAGCUACGAAGUAGUCGCCCAUCCUGUCCACUCGUACGGACACGAGGAACACCACGAUCAUCACGGCUGGGCAAGAUCGGCUGGCUCGGACUUGGCGUACAACGCGUACAAACCGUCCGAGUAA